AUGGGGUUCGCAGACCUGCUCGGUGCUUCCUCAGUGGAGACCGGCGGGAGGUCGAGCAUGGCGCCGUCCGAGAGCACCUCCUCACUCUCGAUGACGUUGAGCUUGGAGGAGACGGCUGUCGCCACUUCUGGGUACACCGUGGACGAAGGUCACCUGAUACUCGAACCAGAACGGCCCGACCUAAGGGAACUCAAUUCUUGCCUCGACGCGCUUGCUGCAAUCUUCCCCAACAUCCAAAUCGAGGUUUUUCGGGACAUGCUCGCCAGCUUCGACGGCGAAUCCAGAUUAUCUCUUGUUGCAGACGAAUUAUUGAAGAACGACAUUUCGUGGGUCAAGGGCCGUUGGAGAGUCGCGACCGAACCCGGUCAAGCAGAAGAAGAGUUGGUUCCCAAGAAAGAGACUUUUAGGAGCCCCCAAUACAAGCAAGCCGCGAAGAGCCUCGCCUGGCACGAGUUCAAGGGACUCUCUCGUUCGGCCAUCAACGCUGUUCUAGCCGAGAACAACUAUUCCUACCUCGACGCGCGCCAGACACUGGUUGACCUCUCGUCCAAAUCGUGGCGCUUCACCAUUUCCUCGCUCUUUCGACGCCGGAAACCCGUGUCAACCACCGACGCUAAGAACCAUCCCCUGGUGAUCUGGAAGCCGACAGGCCAGGGCUCAACAAUACCCACACUCAGAUCAACCGGCAACGCCGAGCUCGACCAAGAGCUUUUUGCAGUACUCAUUGCACCCCUCAGAAAACAAGCACGAGCUGCCCGCGAGGCGGAGGAUUACAAGAUGGCCUCGCGUCUGAACAACUUGGAGGCAGAGCAGACCGGCAGCAUGUUCGAAUGUGCGUGCUGCUUUGACGAGGGUGUUUUCGAAGAGUUCACUUCGUGCAAUGACCGCGGCCACAUGCUGUGCUUCCGGUGCGUGCAACACAGCGCCUCAGAAGCCGUUUUCGGCCAGGGCUGGCAACGCAGCAUCAACCAAGAGACUGGAGGCCUUCGGUGCAUCGCCGUCGACUCCGAGGGAUGCACAGGCCACAUUUGCAACGAGCAAUUCGAACGGGCGGUGCUCCAGGCAGAUAACGGUCCCGAACUUCUACGCCAGCUACAGGACCGCGUCGCGGAAUACAGCCUUGCGGCGAGCAACCUCCCGUUUGCCCGUUGUCCCUUUUGUGGCUACGCCGAGGUGGACGAAACCUACCAGCCCGUGACCCGGUCAGACUUCUGCCCCCGGAUCAACGAGGUCAACGGGUAUCUCCUCGCCAUUUUGGGCUUCUUCUGCAUGCCUUUCCUCGCCAUUUUGGGCCUCUGCUGCAUCCCUUUGGUGCCGCUCCUGGUCCUUGCUAACAUGCCGGUUAUUUUCUUCCUCGUCGUCCUUAUCACGACGACUCUCUUCGACAAUAUGAUCGUUUACUGUUUUAGGCGCUUCGUAUCCGAGAUGCGCGAGGCCGUCAUCCGCCGUCGUGAGCGCAAUCGUGGACUACAAUUUAACUGCCGAAGACCUGGUUGCGAGCGCAAGUCUUGUCUGUCUUGCGAGAAGGGUUGGGCAGACGUGCAUGUGUGUCAUGUGGACACGCUUGACGCGCUGCGCACCCAGAUCGAGCAGGCCAUGAGCCUGGCCAUCAAGCGAGUGUGCCCGCGCUGCAACACGUCGUUUGUCAGGAGCUCGGGCUGCAAUAAGAUGACUUGCCCCUGCGGGUACGAGAUGUGCUACAUCUGCCGCCAAGACAUCAGCGGCAAAGGCCCUCAUGGCAGUUACCAGCACUUUUGCAACCACUUCUGGGCCGAUCCAACCAAGAAAAAAUGCACCGAAUGCACCCGGUGCACCCUGUACCAGGUGGAAGACGAGGAGGCGGUCUUACGCAAAGCGAGAGAGGAAGCCGAGCGCAGGUGGAGGUCGACGGAAGCAAGAGAGCUGUCUAGGGCGGAGACGGUGUACUUGGAGAGAUGGAUGCUGCCGCCGUCAACGAAUUGGGGCCUGGGUGCGGCAAUUAAAGCGGGUUUGGCUGGGUACGCAUGUACCCGUUAUUACGGUGAUUCCACCCAUUCUUUAUGA